GAAGAUAUAACUGGUAAAGUCAAAAGAAAAGGCUGUCUAUAUCCACUGACUGGAGUCCACUACAGACACGCUGAAAUCUGGAUGUCAGCGAAGACGCCGUGUGGGAAGUGUCGUUGUGAGGACGGCACUAUCAAAUGUACCAGUGAACCGCACCACUGUCCAAUGCUAUGUCUUCCGGGACAAAAAAGUUCACCACCAGGACCAUGCUGUGAAACAACGUGUCGUGGAAAAGCUGUCGCUAACCUUUCCUUGAACUUCGCCAACUGUUUGCAACCAAAAACCGGUGUCAUACAUGCUCAUGGUGACCACAUUUGGCUUCCCGGUUCAUGUGUUGAUCAGCAAUGUCAUUGUGUUAAUGGGCGGUGGGACUGCUUGGACUACUGUGCACCGCUACCAGAAUUACCUUGUCAGAGAGAAAGCGUAAUCGUCUGGGACCCCUUCUGUUGUCCGCGUUGUGCAGGAACCGCAGACUGUACAGUGAGCAUGCACACUGACGUGGACAACACUUCAUCCCCUCGUGGACCAAUUACUCUAUCGACGGGCACUGUUACAACAUUCAAACCUGAGAUAUCGAAUCCGAGGAGCGAAACACGUUUGCAGCGGUUGUCACACAGCGGUUGGGACAGUCUGCUAGAAAAUCGGUCACGAACACUGAAGGAGGUUACCAUCUCGCCUGGAAGUGAAGUUGCCCUACAAGAAGGCUACUGCUUUUGUUUGAAUUCCACCAUCUUCUGUUCCCGGCAAGGUCGCAACAUCUGGCAUGACGAGGACUGUUAUUUUGCGGACGGAACAGAAGAAACGUACUACCCGCCGGAGGCUCAAUGGAUACCACAUGGAGAUCCGUGCACCGAAUGCCGCUGCCUACACAAUCGAACGUAUACAUGUGCGCCAAAAAAGUGUACAGAUCUCUUUCUGUGUCCCUCCGGGCAAAAGCCCAUUGCGGAGGCAGGUGAAUGUUGUCCUUCAACUUGCGGGUUUCGAACGAAAUCUGGAGAGGCGGAAACCGCGUUGACACAGCCACCACUCCAAAUAAAGGACCAUUUCAACACCAAGCCAACAUUUAUCGGACAACCGGCCCCGGAAAGCGUGCUGCAAACAAAAGCCUCGCCUGUUGAUAAACUGCAAAGGGUAAUGGAAGCUGCUGAAAUCAAGGCUCCACAUGUAGCAUCUACAGGCGGAUGUCCGGCUUUAGAUGGAGCUGACACACGACAAAUGGCACCGUUCCCACCGGGAUCCCGACUGAUGCUAACCAGACCGUGCCGGAGUCUUCUAUGUGUAUGCGCACAUGAUUACCGUUGGUUAUGCACCGAUCACUGCCAACCAUGCAUACGGACGUUCGACUCGAUUGAGAGAAUGGACCAAAUGCCGCAACCACCUCCGGGGAGAUGCUGCCCUCCGUAUGGAUGCUAGCUUCUAUAUUGGACGAACUGAGGGACGUCAGCAAUCAGUCACAAACGAGCAACUCAAACGUACUCUCAAGAUUUAUGUCUUGGUGGCCAGUUCGAUAAUGCUUUGUAUUUUAGGCUUUCCAAUGGCUCUGUUUAUCGCCUGGUUCAUAAUCAGUCGUCGACGCAGGCGGCGGCGGCGCCUUCGUCAGUAUGAAGCCAGACUUAAGAGGCGUAAACAACUUCACUCAGGGCUAAACCCAGCCAUAAUACCCCAACUGAAGUCCAAGAUACACAGGAACAAAACAGAGAGUAGGUAUGUGUUCCCGGACAGCAGUGCCUCCCCCCAAACAAGCUCCAGCCCCCCAAUGAGCCCAGUAGAUCUACAAGCUUCCAGAAUAUUGAGCUACAGCUGCAAGUCCACCCUACAGGAUACCGAAGACUCAAUGCAAACGAGCGAAGAAGACAUUGGAGCUAACAAAGCAGGCGAUGAUGAAAAAUGUGUGGUUACGGAAUCCACCAAGAAGGAGGAGUUCGACAUUCCGCCUAUUGGCACGCCGAGUAUGGGGACUAAAUCAGUCCCAUCUAGCCCUAUUUUAUUUACGGGUAAACCAAGAAGAGUGAAGUCGGCACUCAAAAGCACAAAAACGCUCGCUGACACGUGCUCAGGAGAAUCAAAGCGAGCCGUCGUGCCAAUCCAAAAUACACACUACCAGACGAUCGAUUGUGGACUGUUUGCGCCACCUUUGACAGUGAACAAUGCGAAAAUCGCAGAUUCAGACAAUAAAAGCACUGUGAGACGAACAGCAUCUAACAUUUUAACGAGGGUUCCUGUCGCGACUCACAGACAGGUCAAAUUGACUAGGGCCAGUACUUGGUUGACAGGAGCGCGAACCGCAUCACUACAAUUAAACUGCUUACCGCUUUUGCCUAGUAAACUACGUGACACACAACAGUUAACGGGCCAUUCCUUGGGAACAGAUGCCAGUUUAGACAAACGCCGGAAAAGUUCGUCGCUGGACGAAAGCGAUUCAGCCAUUGAACACAGUACUGCACAUGGGUGGAGUCCAAAAGCCCCAUCAGAAAUACGUACGGAACCAAUCAAGACAGAGCUACAGACAGAUACUCAACCAAACACAAUCAGAACAUUCGCAAACUGCAGCAAAAAUAUGUCAGAAGAACAGCAACCCGAUCAGCGGUUGGUCAAACAUCACUUUGCACAGGCACACCGUCCCACCAGCAUAGCCACUAGACCGGCAGUUCGAACCAGUGGUUUUGGGCGAGCACCAGCACAAAUUCAACAGGAAGAACCUGUAAGUCCCGAAACCGAUAACACCUCUAUCACAGACUCGCAAACCCCUGUAAUGGAAAAGCCCCUGAUCUCAGAAACUUCGCCUGUACAGUGUAUGAGUCCAGCUACUGAAACUGUGUAUAGAGCGCCAAGUCCAAUGGAUUUCCCACAGUUUGCCUCAUCCGAAGAACUGAUAGAUAUGGACGUCGUAAGCAGCAAACCGAAGCAACUAAUGGAAUCAUCCUCAACUUGGCCCCGUUCCAGAUAUUCAGAAACCGAGGAGACGUUCAAAACCAUAAAGUCCACCAUGCCAUCAACCAGUACUUUCACCACAGAUUUCAUAUCGCUGCACCCAGUUCCGUAG